UAUGUUUUAGUGUAACAAUUAAAAAAAAAAGUAUUCAAAUAGUAGGAAAUUGUAAAAAUAGUGUAGUAAAUAGUAGGUGUUAGUGCGAGGCCUGGAAUUAUUAAAUAAUAAAUAGGUAAAAUAGCUUCCGAAUGCUAGUGCGGUCAUAAAAGUGUCGGCUCGGUGGUACUGGAAAGUCGCUCUCAAUUGAAGGACACGACCACUUGCAGAGUGGAAUUACUCUCUGCGGUAAAGUAUAUUCUUGUGCGUGAAGUGAUAAUAGAGAUCAAUUGGCAAGUUGUUUCUUCUUUUUUUUUUUCCUUUUUUUUUCUUAUAUUCUUCAAUUGUUUCAGGCGUCUGCGCCUGAUAGGGUACGAGCGGGUGUGUGCAAGAGAGAUAGAGUCACAGAAUCGGGAGGAGUUAACCAGGGCGGCAAAGGUAGAGUCUGCAGUAGUCGCCUCCGAGCCGUUGAGCCGUCGCGAUGCGGGCGACUAGUACGACAUCUUGAAAGCUCGUGAUACCGACCUCUCUCUGUCAUUCCUAGUAUCUCAUUACCAUAUCACAUUCCCCCUACCCAUCCCUGCUCUUCAACCUCAAUAAACAAACGCUCCCACAUGUUUCAUUUUUCUUCACCGUCAAUUCAAUUUUUUCACUUCAAAAAAAUUCACAUCACAUCACAAUCACCACGUGUCCAAAAGGAAAAUCAUUGACCAAAAACUUGUGUGAUUUUCCCCCAAAAUUUCUUUUUUCCAUUUGAUAAAAAUUCUUCCAUUAUCCAUUUUGAGGUUAGGAAUUUUAGCGCCAAAUUAACGCGACGAAUGAUAACUGCAGAUGGCGCGCAGGAAAAUCUGGAUAAAAUUGUACCGAUCACGACGGAAACAGAAAGGACAUUGUUUCGAUGCUCUUGAAAAUAUCUAUAACGAAGACAAUAUAAAUUCCAGCGCCAAAGAAAAAUGAGGGAAUAAGAAAUAAAUUAUAAUAAAUAAUAUAACCAACAACUUAAAGUGAUAUAUAUAAAUGACAAAACAACAAUAAUCAAUAACUGACAAAACAAUAAAUAUCCUAUAAAUUUUACACCCCGUGUACCAAAAUAAGUGUAUAAAUUGACAAAUGACCAAUGAAAAUAAUUUUUAAAUCAAAUCAAAAAGAAAAAUACAACACAAAUAAAGACGAAUUUUAAAGAAAAUACAGAAGAUAUUUUCAUCAAUAAUGAGAAGGAAUUAAAGGAAGAAAUCUAAAAAGAUUUUAUAAUAUCCAGGAAAUAAAAGAUAUUUAUAAAAAAAAAGAAAAAACUAUACUAAUUUGCUACAAAUUUACCUAUAUACACUUUGGAAAUUCAUUCACUCUGUAUAGAAUUAAAUCAAUUAAGUCUAGUCAAUUAUAUCAAUAGAAAAAAAUGACAUAUUUUAUAAGAAAAGAAAUAUUUUCUAAAAACUCGAUUAAUUUUGAAAUGAUGAAGAAAAAGAAAUUUUUAUCUAAAAUAAUAUCCAUCCGUGACCACACGUCAAUAUCCGUCUGAGCUGCCAAUAUUUCGUACGUAAAAUUGAUUCGUGUAUAUAAAAUUUAAAAAAAAAACGUGAGUGUGACACUAUAAAAAGAAAAUUUAAAAAAAAAACCAAGGGUCCAGAAAUAUCGAAAAUUCAAUAAAUUCGAUAUAAAGACUAAUCUCAACUAAAUUUCGACCAGGUAUUUGUGAACAUCUUCAGAGAAAAAAAAAGUGUCAUUCAUGUUGCACGAAAUGUUUUAAGUACAUGUCGGUGUUUUUCUUCCGACUGCACAACCUUCGCCGUCAGGCGGAGGAGGAUCGAAAGAAAAAACAAAAACGAGGAGGUCAGUGUGGUCAACGAGGGACCAAUUGCGGGGACCAACCCCAACCCACUGCUGGGUCAAUGCAGUAUUCCAAUAGGGUACAUCGGGGCCCAAGUAAACUUUUCGAAAGAGCUCCUCUUCAGCCAAGCGAUUCCCUUGACGAAAUUGCUUUUCAAAUUCCUAGAGUUCGUGUUGAGUAUUACGUGAAUGAGAAUACAUUCAAGGAACGCCUUCAACUCUACUUCAUCAAGAACCAACGCUCGAGUCUGAGGAUACGUUUAGCCAAUCUUUUUUUCAAACUACUAACAUGCUUCCUGUACAUUUUUCGUGUUGUCACCGACAACGAUCCAACGUUCGCCGCAUGUUACGGCUGCACUGCCGGCAACAAGAGCGAGUUCCUUGUGUCGAGACAUCUCACAGGAGAAGAGUUCCAAGACAAUCCAACCAUCAACUGGGACGCAAUCCUGUGGGUGAGGAGACCCCUGGAAUUGUGGAUCGUUCAAGUGAUUCUGGCGAUAAUAUCACUGACAGAGACGUUGUUACUCGCUUAUCUGGGAUACAAGGGGAACAUCUGGCAGCAACUUCUGUCUUUCCAUUUCAUUCUGGAAUUAGUCACAACGAUUCCUUUUACGGUUACAUUGCUGUACCCCCCAAUGAGAAAUCUCUUUAUACCAGUAUUUCUGAAUUGUUGGCUGGCGAAACAUUCGUUGGAAAAUAUGUUCAACGAUUUGCACCGAGCGAUGCAAAAAUCUCAAUCAGCUCUCAGUCAACAGCUAAUGAUUCUUAGCGCUACGCUAUUGUGCCUUGUUUUCACCAGCGUCUGUGGAAUACAACAUUUUCAGAGGGCAGGACACAGACACCUAAACCUCUUUCAAAGCACAUAUUAUGUCGUUGUAACGUUUUCCACAGUCGGAUACGGAGAUUUCGUGCCUGACAUUUGGCCUUCUCAACUCUAUAUGGUCAUUAUGAUCUGCGUAGCGCUUAUAGUUCUACCAACACAAUUUGAGCAGUUGGCCUUCACUUGGAUGGAGAGACAGAAACUGGGUGGUUCCUAUUCGUCCCAUAGAGCACAAAACGAAAAGCACGUUGUUGUUUGUAGUACAACCUUACAAGCGGAUACCAUCAUGGACUUUCUUAAUGAAUUUUACGCUCAUCCUUUGCUUCAGGACUACUACGUGGUUCUCUUGUCGCCAAUGGAAUUGGACACGACGAUGAGAAUGAUUCUUCAAGUGCCGAUUUGGGCUCAACGGGUGAUCUACAUUCAGGGCUCGUGCCUGAAAGAUGGUGAUCUCGCGAGAGCUAGGAUGAAUGAGGCUGAGGCCUGUUUUAUCCUUGCUGCGCGAAAUUAUGCGGACAAAGCUGCCGCAGACGAACACACCAUCCUCAGGUCCUGGGCCGUGAAAGAUUUUGCACCCGAUGUACCUCAGUACGUUCAAAUCUUCCGUCCAGAGAAUAAGCUCCAUGUGAAAUUUGCCGAACACGUUGUGUGUGAAGACGAAUUUAAAUAUGCCCUUUUGGCGAACAAUUGCACGUGUCCUGGAGCAUCAACUCUGGUUACUUUAUUACUUCACACUUCACGAGGACAGGAGGGUCAACAGUCACAAGAAGAGUGGCACAGGCUUUACGGAAAAUGCUCGGGCAACGAGAUUUAUCAUAUAAUUCUAGGGGAUUCACGAUUUUUUGGCGAAUACGAAGGAAAGUCGUUUACGUACGCCUCGUUUCACAGUCACAGAAAAUAUGGAGUUGCCUUGGUUGCAGUUAGACCGGCAGAAUUGCCAGAAUUCUACGAGGACACAAUUCUGCUCAAUCCUGGUCCACGACAUAUCAUGAAGAAGACCGACACCUGUUACUACAUGAGCAUAACGAAAGAGGAGAAUUCUGCGUUUGUAGUGGCAAAUAAUCAAACGACGGGAGCAGAAUUCUCGGGUGUGGCUGUUGAAGCAAAGCAGGACGCUUCUUCAACGACAGAUGCAAAUCCAACAACGUCAACAUCUGCAGCGACAACGACAACGACAAUGUCGACGACGACUACCACUGGAGGGAAUGGUACAGCCUUGAGUAAAGGUGUUGAUACGCACCGACGAUGUGAAAAUAAUAUUAAAGAAACAACAAACAGGCAGGAGACCUGUAAUAAUAAUAUCACUCCCAGGGCAACUUUGCCCCCUGUUAUAUUGCAGGUCCCCCUUAGCACGUCCACACUCCAACAUCACAACUUACUCGCAUCCGAUGUCCACCCAACAUAUCUCGAUACUGGAGCCGUAGGAGACUCAAGACAGUGCCUGAAGGACGCUGGAUCCUCGCCACAAACACCGAUCACAACAAAUCAUUUGGACGUUCCAAGAUCGUUGGAUCCAAAUCCAAAUCUCCUUAGUCCGGAAAUUUUAAUGCAAAGAAGAGGUAGUAGAAGACCGAGUAUUUUGCCAGUACCGGAUAUGUUGACCAGUUCGACGUUAAACUUGCCUGGUCAAGAAUCUCUGGAUCACGAAGGUGAUGAAUCAGAAGAUGAAUUGGAUGACGAUGUUCCCUGGAGAUCGCCAAGUGAAAAGAUAGCCUUUAAAGGAAUCGUCAAAGGAUUUCCGCCUGUCUCCCCUUUCAUUGGAGUAUCACCAACUCUUUGUUAUUUACUCAAGGAAAAAAAGCCACUUUGUUGCCUUCAGCUGGCUCAAGUUUGUGAGCAUUGCAGUUAUAGGAAUGCUAAAGAAUAUAAUUGGCAGAAUAAAACUAUUAUUUUAGCUGCCGACUAUGCCAGCAAUGGAAUCUAUAAUUUUAUCAUUCCGUUGAGAGCCCACUUCAGGUCAAAAACAUCUUUAAAUCCCAUCAUCCUUCUACUGGAAAGGAGACCGGAAAUUGCAUUUCUGGAUGCUAUUUCCUAUUUUCCUCUGAUCUAUUGGAUGCUGGGCUCCAUAGAUUGCCUAGAUGACCUUUUACGAGCUGGUAUCACUUUAGCGGAAAAUGUCGUGGUUGUCAACAAAGAACUCAGCAAUUCUGCUGAGGAAGACACUUUGGCUGAUUGUAAUACAAUAGUUGCUGUGCAAACCAUGUUCAAAUUUUUUCCGAGCAUAAAAAGCAUAACGGAAUUAUCGCAGUCGAGUAAUAUGCGAUUCAUGCAGUUCAGAGCACACGACAAGUAUGCCCUUCACCUCAGCAAAAUGGAAAAGGUACUCCUCAGUGCUACUUCCGGUGACAGCUACCCCGCUGAGCCUCACAUGGGCUCCCCGAGAGAAAAGGAGAGAGGCUCACAUAUAUCAUACAUGUUUCGUCUGCCAUUUGCCGCUGGAAGUGUUUUCAGUGCCUCAAUGUUGGACACGCUUCUUUAUCAAGCUUUCGUCAAAGAUUAUGUGAUAACAUUCGUUAGGUUACUACUUGGAGUGGAUCAAGCGCCAGGCUCUGGAUUUUUAACAUCUAUGAAGAUUUCGAAAGAAGACAUGUGGAUAAGAACGUAUGGGAGACUUUAUCAAAAAUUGUGUUCAACAACUUGUGAGAUACCGAUAGGAAUUUACAGAACUCAAGAUACGACGCUAACUGAUACUUCACACGGUGACUCUGAUGCUGAGAGCGACGCCGGUGUUGGUGUGACUUACAAAAUACGCCAUUCGUCAGCAGCAUCCUGUUUAGCUAAUUGUACCAGUCGUGAUAAGGGUUCUUCUCCUGUGAGUAAAGUCGAUGUGUCGAUUAACAGCUUUGGCAAAAUUUCUGACAAGUAUUCCGUGAGUGUUGGAGACGAGGCAAGGGACAAUCAUGCCCAGCAAAUAGAGCGCGCGGAAAUAGCAAAUCUAGUGAGAUCAAGAAUGGAGUCCCUAAAUUUACCGAUAGCCGACUACGAUGACGUCUCGGAGAAACGUAACAACCUCUCCUACGUGAUCAUCAAUCCCAGCUGUGACCUGAAACUCGAGGAAGGCGACAUUGUCUACCUAGUGCGGCCAAGUCCAUUCUCAGCGCAAAAAACAUUCGAGCGUCACAAUUCCCGACGGAAAAGUAACAUUAGCUUUUGUUCAGCUCAAUUGGUACAGCAAAUGAGCACGGCAAUCGCUUCGGCUGGACUUGCCGGCGCCGGGCCAGGAAGUCGCCGAGGCUCCGGGAUCGGAUUGGCCAGGGCACCACCACUCGGGAAUACAAAAUCAAAUUCCCUUUCUCUGCCAGACAGUCCCACCGUGGCCGGUAGCUUGAGGGGUCGUUCGAAUUCCCUUCGAGUCGUUGACGACAUCCUGCUCAGACGAAGCAACUCAUUGAGGCAAGGUUUGAGCGCAGUGUCGAGGCGAAAGAGCAGCCUCGAGGACAUUGGCUUGGGCUCCCUGUCCCACCAUUCGAAUUACAAUCCUAUUAAAAUUGCCUUGAACGGUUCCAUUGGACUGGAAGUGACGCCACCCGAGGAGGGCUCCCAAGGUGCAAGUGCUUCCAACACUGGAAUUCUUGACAUUGGUCUUCCAUCGAUACCUGCCUUUGGAAUGGGAUUGAAUCCAAAUCUCUCCACUGGAUUGGGUGGCUCACUGGGUGGACUCUACGAUCCACCAGCAAUUCAAGAGCCAAUGGGAUCGACGGUUCAGUCCUCGUCCUCCUCCCAAGGCACCCAGGAUCCGCAGCACAUACAAGGGACCUUUGUAUGAUAUCAUCUCAUGUGGGGACGCAGGCUCUCCAAUGUAGUCAGAAAUAAAAAUCAGCAAACGAACUUUAGGAAUAUUAUCUAAGUGAAUUUGCUGGACUGGCGUUCCCACAUGUAAAAUUAGAAGUUCAAAUAGGGUAAUUAGGUGGGAGAGACUCUCCAAGUUUUCAUCUUCUUCAAAAGUCGCCGUCGUGUUUGUUGUCGUCAAUUACUCGGGGAAUAUUAUUUUUUUUCUUUGCCAAGACGGAACGAGGAGUCCAGGUAGAAAAGUUAACGUUAGACUAACGUUCGGCUGACGUUAGGCUGACGUUAGUGACCAAAAAAUGUUGUUAGAUUAACGUUAGCCUAACAUAAGUUAACGUUAGUCUAACGUUAGCCUAACAUAAGUUAACGUUAUCCUAACAUUAGCCAAACGUUAGGCUAACGUUAGCCUAACAUAAGUUAACGUUAGUCUAACGUUAGUAUCAUUAUCUAACGUUAACUUUUCCACCUGAGAGUAUGUAUUUUUAUUCUCAUUUCUUCUUAAACUCAACACUAAUUUAGAUUCUUAAUUCAUAUACUCCGAUUGCAUCCAAACUUGCAGCAACAUUUACAACUUUGUCUCAAUAUUGUGAAACUUGCAAGCACCUUGUCAUCAAUGUUGCUGCAAGUUUUGAUGCUGUGUCUUAGUAGUAAAAUGUAAAAAACAAUUUUAGAAAUAAAAUCAGAGUUUUUGUUUAAAUAGCCAUUAGGCCAAACGAACAAAAACAUCUUAUUUCUAAAAAUUUUUAAUAUUUUAAAAUAAAUUUUAGUCAGACUCUUAAUUCUUUGGUGUAUCAGUAGCAAAACUCUACUUUAGUAUAAAACAAUUUUUCUUGCAUCUUUUACAAUCUUUGGUAAUGGAAAACAGUUUCUCGUAAUUUUUCCAAUCAGUACUAGAGGUCAAUGACUGUCAGACGUAAAUUUCUCCUAUUUAUCGAGUUUCAAUCAGACAAUUUUUUCUCAAUAUAAUUAUUAUAUUUAAUUUAAUUAUUAAUUAUUAUAAUAAUCGAAUUGAUAAUAUAGUAAAGAUAAAAUAAAAUUUUCGACUGAUUCAAAUAAAGAGAAGUAAAAAUUGAUAAUUCUGAAAAUUCCGUCAAGCAAAAUAUUUUUUUUUCAAAACAAAACGACCUUUAUUUCAAGCUACCUGAUCGACACGAAGGAAACUCCGAUGGUAGAGAAAAUCCCGGGUGGUGUUGUUCCUGACACUUCGUGUCCUGGAGUUUACAAAUAAAAUACAAAAAAUCAAGACUCAAAUUGUGGUGCUUCACGUGAAUUCGUAAAAAUUUUAUAUUAAGUGAAAGACAAUUACCACACGAGCGAGAAACGAUAUUAAAAAUUCAUAUCCGUGAUAGUGUCAAAAAAAAAAAAAAAAAUUUUGUUUGACUCCCAAAAUUGAAUAUUGAAUUCUAUUCUAAUAAAAUAAAACAAACUUUAGAAUCAAUAGCUCAAUCAUUGAGAGUCAAUCAAAAAAUCCUCCCCCUCCCAACAAAAAAGCAGAUGACGCUUUAGUGAAACUUUUAGAGUAAAAAAAAAGAUAAUUAUAAUUGCGAAAAAGUGCAAAAGCGACCUAAAUGAAAAUUUUAAUUAAAUUAUUAUACCAUUAACUAUUUAAUUAGUUAGUGAAUUAUAUGUUAAUCACUGAGAAAUGAAAAAUGUUCCAAUUUCUAGAAUUGAUUUUUUUUUUUUUUUUGCUUGAGAAAUGGCACUUUUUGUGAAUAAUAUGCAGUUUUUUAAGAAUAUUUUUUUAUUAAAUGCAUAUCAAUAUUUUCUAAUUCUUAAUUAAUUAAAUUAAUUAAAUUUUUAGCAAACAAUCAUAAGUAAUUUAUAGACAAUCUUUAAAGAAAAAAAAAUCGAUAUUCAAAGAGUCUGGUUUUACUCGAAAAAUCUUAUUGGUCCAAAUAAUUUUUUCAAAAAGACAACUGCUCAUUCUUUACAGAUAUUUUUGUCUUGCUAAAAAAAUAUAUAUGUAUAUCUUACUUAUUACUAUUACACGACAAAAUGUUGUCGAAUUUCAGAACUAAACACAAAAAAAUAAGGAAUAAAAUAAAAAUUAUAUGAAUUUUAUUCGUUAUUUAUUUUCAAUUUUAUUAAAUUUUAUUUAAAAUUAUUAUUUUUAAUAAAAUAAUUACAAACUCGUAAUAUUUUAGUUAUAUUUUUAAUUAUUUGCCAAAGAUUACGCAAUUGAAAUCAGAAUUUCAAAAUUCAAAAUGGCGGAACCAAUAUGGCGGCCGAAUUUUUAAAAACUCGACGAAUUCGCUUGAAAAUUAUUACUCAGGGGUUUUUGGGGUUUCUAAUUACGAAUCUGAUGUCAGAUUUUUAAAAUUCAAAAUAAUGGAACCAAUAUGGCGUCCGAGUUUUUAAAAAUUAACGAAACUCGCUUGAAAAUCAUUGAAAAAUGCUCCAAACAUAGUUUAAUUGUAUUUUAAAGCACUUAGCGAAACCAGACAAAGAUUUUUCAAGUUUCAAUAAGAUUUUUUUGAAAAAAAAGAAUAAAAUUUUCAGAUAAUGCUUCGAUCAUUCAGAAAAAAAAAUUUAUUUUCAUGUUAUGACUUCAAAAAAAAAAAAUCAAAACAAGAAUUUUUAUUGUUUUUUUAUAUGAAAGUGUGAGAUAACAAAAUAUCUCAAAACUUGACUUUCUAGGAAAAUUUUUAAGUAAUUUUAACUUAUUUUAAGAAAAUUUCUCCUUUGAAAAAAAUUUUUAAAAAUUAAAAUUUAAACCUUCGAAAAUUGUUUGGUUCUGAAAUUCCUCAAAAUUUUCUCAAAGUUUGUUAUUGACAAUUCUAAUUAACUUUUAAAUUAUAUUCUUCUUUCAUUAUAUUAUAAUUAUUAAUUAUAAAUUAUAAAUUAUAAAUUAAUAUUCUGACAAUCUUAAUUUAAAUCGGUUGAUGAAUCUAAUUAAAAUAUACCUCAAUUUAAGAAGUGCAUGAUGAGUGCAUUUUUCUAGAAAGUGGGAUCAGUCAAAAGUGUACGUAACUCGACCAAUUUACAUAAAAUGUUAAUUUAAAAAUAUUCUUUUUCCAUAAUCACUCUACGUUUAUCUCAAUAUUAAUUUUCAAAAAGACUCGUCGUUCAGAAAUAUUAUUUAGAAACAAAAAGAAAAAAAAGGUUUCACUAAUUAGAAAAGUUAAAAAAAUAAUGUUAAAAAUUUCAAAGUUUCGCUCUUAAGUAUCGUGUCACGAAUUAUAGGUGACGUAGUAAUUAGUUAAUUUAAAAAAAGAAAAUUUUGUACAUAUUUCAAAUAUUAUGUAUAGGCAAAUUUUUUAUUCGAAAAUAUUUCAAAAUGCCGAAUGUCCGAUUUUACUUUUAAAGUAACAUGAUUUUUUUGUCGAUUGGAAACAAUUUUUUUUAAUUUCUCCUAAUUCAUUUUUUUUCAUCUUUCUUUUUAAACUUGUACAGCUAUUUGUCAGAGUUUUCUCUUUGUUAUUGUAAUUAGUAAUUAUAAAAAAAAAUUCUUGACUUCAAACUAAAUCUGAGGCAUCGAUUUUUGAGAAUUUUCAAUUAUUAAAGUCUAGAAUCGAAAUUUAGGAGUCUAGAUAUAAAUAAUAUUGUAUAAUGCUGUGAGAAAUUGCGAAUGUGUGUGUUUUAUUCGAGUAUGCAUGUAUAUAUUAGUUAAAAAUUUGUCAUUUAGAAUUAAUAAUUAAGAAUUAAAAAUAAUCGCGAGGCAAAAUGUCACGCCGAUAUAAAGAAACAAAAAAAAUUUCAUUCCUCUUGACGAGAAACAAUAAUUAAAAAAAAAAGUCCAUAUCGCAUCAGAAAGGGCUCCAAAAAAAAAAAUAUGACCAAAUUUUUUCAUCAAAAACUAUUUCUCAUCAAAAAAAAAGGAAAAAAUAUUUGCACAGUACUUUUUUUAUCUCCAGCCAAAUUUUUAUUCCUCCUGUUAAGGAACUCGAUUGUCUAAAAUCCUAAGAAAGGUAUUUUUUUACUUUAUAGAUUUAUUUUUGUCCUCUAUGUUAUAAAAUUAUAAUUAUCGUUAUAUUCGUAAAUUAUUGAAUGUUAAAAAAAAUUUUUUAAAUAUUGUUAUUUGUUGUAAAAAAAAAUUUAAUUUAAGUCAAAAAAUGAAAAUUUGUAAAAAAAUUUUAAAGAUUGUCGAGUUCCAUAACAAAUAUUUAUAUAAAUUCUUCGGCCAAAUUCGCAACACGAUGUAAGAGUGAUUAAUCACAAAUAAUUUGAUAUAUAGUGUGACUCUCACGAUGGCAUCGAGUACAUUUGCGUAGAAGAAUAAAAGUUUGUAGAUUGAAUUCUCUCGACCAGAAAACAAAAAAAAAAAUGUUAUACGUGAUUGCACGUGAUUGUAAAAUAAAAAAAAGAAAAAAAAAGUGUAUCAUAUUGCCGUGUGUGAAGCAUCGCCAAACAUCUUCGUUCGCUCGCACCGGAUUAAAUUUAUUAUAAAUAAAUUAUUAUAAAGCAAA